UCCCUGCUCUCUCACAAAAAGCCUUUUCGUUAUCCGGUGCAUUUCCAAUGGAACUGGCGAGCAGGAGCGUUGGAGCAAUCACUCCGGUGAAAGGCCCUAGGUCAAAGAAUAAAGAAUCUUCUGAGAAUACCAAUCCCAAUGUCACGUCAAACUCUCCAGUAGUAAAUCGGCCAAGUCUCAGAAAUCAGCAUCGAAGAACCCUAAUCCAGUAAUCUAUUCGCCGCAACAUAAGAUCCGGCAGAGGAAGUUCGUGGUGGCGAAGAAGAAUCAGAAGAAAGAGGAUGGAGGUUCGAUGGUUACGUGCAAAUGCAAAGACAAAUACGAAGGGAAUCAUAAGAAGUGUCUCUGUGUGGCAUACGAGAAUCUCAGGGCGUCACAGGAAGAAUUCUUUAAGAAUCGUGGAGAUCAGGAUCAGUCUAAGACCGAUGAUAGGGCAGAGAGUGAACUUGAUAAAGUAAUAGAAAUGAGUUUGAUGAUCCAAGACCUUCGAAUUGGAGACAAUGAGUAUGAAGGGAAGAUAGAGGCUUGUGAAUUGGAAAAAGCUGACGCCGACGAGACGGAGUCGCCUAAUCAAGUAGGAAGUUCUACGGUGAAACGGAGGAGGGACAAGUUGCUCGAAGAUGCAAGGAACAGUGUUCCUGAGAAUGGAUCUGGACGAGUAAUGCAUUUGGUGAAGGCGUUCGAAAGGCUUCGGUCAAUACCUAAGUCAAAAGACUCGGAUCAGAACGAGGAGGAGGAGAAGCAACCAGAGGAAACUAAGAAGGCGAUGAAAUGGGCAUUGCCUGGAUUGCAACCUCCUAAACAAAUUGAAGCUGAGGAUUCUUCUUCUUCAUUCUGCCCAUCUCAGUUGAUUUUGACGUCCGAGAAUCUAGGCUUGGAUCCCCAAAUUUCGGUUUCUUCUUCCUGGGAUAGCAGCCGUGGAAGUAUAUCGAGCAGAACUUCUGGAGGUCGAAGGAGCCGCAGAAAUAGCUUGGAAUCAUCAUCCAGCACUUUAGGAAGAAGGAGUUGGAAAAAGAAGCAGCUAAAAGUCACGAGCCAAAAACCAUUCAAGCUGAGAACAGAGCAAAGGGGAAAGUUGAAGGAGGAAGAUUUUAUGAGGAAGGUGCAAGAGAUGAUGACCGAAGAAGAAAAGCAAAGGAUACCUAUUGCACAAGGCCUUCCUUGGACAACAGAUGAACCAGAGUGCUUGAUAAAGCCUCCGGUGAAGGAAGGUACCAGGCCUAUUGAUCUGAAGCUUCACAGUGAUUUGCGGGCCAUUGACCGAGCUGUCUUUGACCACCAGGUGGCAGAGAAGUUAAGUAUAAUAGAGCAAUACAAGAUGGAAAGGGAGAGACAACAAAAGUUAGCAGAAGAGGAAGAAAUCAGAAGGCUUAGAAAGGAACUGAUUCCAAAAGCACAACCUAUGCCUUAUUUUGACAGACCAUUCAUACCUAGGAGGUCAAUGAAGCAUCCAACUAUACCGAGAGAACCCAAGUUUCACAUUCCUCAGCAUAAGAAGAUCAAGUACUGCUUGUCAUGGAAUGACAUCAGCUCCUAUACCUAUAUUGACUAAGCUUCUCAUGCAGCUGGGGAGAGAAUCCAAACUGUUGGCCUGCAAUGGAGAUCAACCUCAUCUUGUUGGUUAUUGCUUCACCGCAGUUGGCAAUUCUGUAGCAGCUAUUACUUAAUUGGACCAUACACAUGUUCUAUGAAGUGGACCUGCAAUGCUUUGCCUUCAUAUACUAAUGGAGAGGCUCCUCUUGGUCACAUGUAUGGCCUGUCCUAAUUUCAAAGUACAUUUAUAUACGGAAUACCUUGUCAUGUGGAGAAGUUUCCGUUAUAUGUAGAAUGAGAUGGUCCAUUUUAAUGAGCACACACUGCUCUUAGUCAUUGGGUAUGGAAGCAAGACCUUGU